AGUCUUUCCGUUAUUAAUAACGGACACUGGCAGUAUCCCGGCACAAAAUCCCGGAAACAUCUCGUUCGUGAAAUUCAACGAAUCUCCGAAUGUAAUUUCGAAUCGUUGUGUCUUCGUUUUGGUGUACUUUCAAAUUCGUGGAAAGAGAGUGUGCCGUCUCGUGGAUUACACGUCGUAUCAUUUUAACGAGAAUUCGCGAAAACGGGCGUGCCUUGGACAAUCGGCGACGUCCCUGACGUGAAAAUACACAACGGCGAGAAGUGGUGGACAACGACAGCAAGACAUCGAUUGCGGUUAACAUUGCGACAAAAAGGACUAACAGUCCAUAGAGGCGAUAAAGCAGAGGAACAAAGAAAAGGGGAACGAGGAAAAUAGAACCGAACGGCAAUAGUAACAGCAGCAGUGGUAACAACGGUGACGGGAAGGGAAAAGUACAAGCUACAACGGUGGAGAGGAACGCGAUACAGCCGCGUGAUUUUGAACGCGAACACAGACGUAACUGUCAACGGUCAGAUUUGAAAGUCUCGCAAAUUGCAGGGUCCUCGUAAGGCUUCCCUCGCGAGAAUCGUUGUAUUUUCGUCACGUCAACAUCGUUAACGUCGUGUCAUAUUGUCGCCGUCUUUGUCGUCGUCGUCGUCGUCGUGUUCAAUCCGGUGAAAAACCGGUCGUCUUAUAAUAUUAACCACGGUGUGAGAACGCGACUAAAUGACCAUGGACCUCCGCAUGUACAACAUCGAGACCGGCUACAGUAUAAAUAUCAAAAGGACGGACGGUCGUGUUCAUUCGGCAGUGGUUUCGGGUAUUAAUUGGGAACAACGCACCGUUACCGUAGAAUGGUUCGAGAGAGGAGAGACGAAAGGAAAAGAGGUCGAGAUAGAUGCGAUCAUCGCGUUGAAUCCCGACCUGACCAAUCAGAAAACCAUAGAAUCACCCGCACAGAUGAACAAUCACACGUUGAUAUCUUCCAGAGCACGGGAUUCUUCGGACGAGGAAGACGAGGGGGUGGACGAGUCGGAAAACCAAGAGGAGGGGCCCCUUGGACGGCACAGCGGUCACACCGCAAGAAACGGCCUUGCAUCCGCCACACUUCCUCAUUCGAUCAAGCCAUCGAUUCCAGUGAAAGCGGGUUUCAACAGACAAUCGUCGCGACAAACGGGUCGGCCAACCAACAUAAUGCCGCCUGGCAGCACCGUGAACGGCCACGGUGACUCUGUGGCUGGAUUGACAGGUAGAAGGGAGGCUGAGAACGCGCCAACACCAACCACGGCCACGGCCGCUUCCUUCAACGUCACCCUCUCGGCCCUGGCCAAACAGAAGCAGCAGCAGCAGCAACAGCAGCAACAACAACAACAGCAGCAACAGCAGCAGCAACAGCAGGCGUCACAACAGGUGGAGAACGGGAGGGGGAGGCGAACGAACGUGGUGAAGGAGGUGGAGAGGUUGAAGAAGAACAGGGAGGAAAGAAGGCAGAGGCAAGCCGAAUUGAAGGAAGAGAAGGAGGCUCUGAUGAAUUUAGAUCCUGGUAAUCCAAAUUGGGAGUUUCUCGCUAUGAUAAGGGAGUACCAGAACAGCAUCGAGUUCAGGCCGCUUCGCGAGUCGGACGUGGUCGAGGAUCAUCAGAUAACCGUGUGCGUGAGAAAGCGCCCCCUGAACAAGAAGGAGAUAGCGCGGAAGGAGGUGGACGUGAUCAGCGUGCCCAGCAAAGACCAGAUGGUGGUGCACGAGCCGAAGGCCAAGGUGGAUCUCACCAAAUAUUUGGAGAAUCAAAUUUUCCGUUUCGACUACGCGUUCGACGAGACUUGCAACAACGAGAUCGUGUACAAGUACACGGCGAAACCGCUGGUCCAGACCAUCUUCGAGGGCGGGAUGGCCACCUGUUUCGCUUACGGUCAGACGGGAAGCGGGAAAACCCACACGAUGGGCGGCGAUUUUAACGGGAAAACUCAGGAUUGCAAGAAAGGUAUAUACGCGAUGGUCGCCAACGACGUGUUCAAAUGCCUCAAAUUGUCCAAAUAUCGCUCCCUCAAUCUCAUCAUUUCCGCGAGUUUCUUCGAAAUUUAUUCCGGGAAAGUGUUCGAUUUAUUGGCGGACAAGGAAAAACUACGCGUCCUCGAGGAUGGGAAACAACAGGUGCAGAUCGUCGGAUUGACGGAGAAGGUGGUGGAGUCGUGCGACGAGGUAUUGAAAUUGAUACAGCACGGGAACAGCGCGAGGACCAGCGGCCAGACGAGCGCCAAUUCCAACUCGUCUCGAUCGCACGCCGUGUUUCAAAUCAUAGCCCGUACACCGGCCACCCACAAAGUUCAUGGAAAAUUCUCGUUGAUCGAUCUCGCGGGGAACGAGAGAGGAGCAGACACGUCUUCCGCCAACAGACAAACUCGUAUGGAAGGUGCGGAGAUCAACAAGUCACUGUUGGCCUUGAAAGAAUGCAUUCGAGCGUUGGGACGCAAAGGAACGCAUUUACCGUUCAGGGCUAGCAAGUUGACGCAGGUGUUGAGGGACAGCUUCAUCGGUGAAAAAUCGAAGACAUGCAUGAUCGCCAUGAUCAGUCCGGGAAUGAGCUCCUGCGAACAUUCGUUGAACACUUUGAGAUACGCGGAUCGAGUGAAGGAAUUGGCGGCCACCGAUCCAACCGAAGUGAAGAUUUCCUCGACGGACGACGAACGGGAAUUAAAGAUCGAGGCACAGUCGAACAACGUGCUGUCUGACAGCGACUUGGCGCAAUUACGAUCCCUGAACGAGAGCGAAAUAUCCCAAGAUCUUUACACGUUUCACGAGGCGGUAUCAGCGUUGCAAAUGCUUGAGGAGGAAGUCUUGGACACGCACAAAAUGGUUAUGGAUCAAACGACCAGAUUUCUCAAUGAUGCACACAGUGUGUUCAGUGUGACUCACGAAGUAGACUAUGACCAAGAAGAUUUGAGACGGAAAAGAACAAAGUUUGAGUCGCCCGACCUGAGGAAGUUCUUGUUGCAUAGACGUCUGAUAGAGAGAUUACAAUUUUCCGAUGAGUAUGCCCAAAAGUGGGAACAGCUAUUGGUGCAGCAGCGCGAUAUCUUUAACGCCGCAAUUGAUCAAGUCAGUCAGUUUCGCGGACAAUUGUUGCAAGAAGAACAGAUCAGCCGGAAGAUGACGAACUCGUAACUCACGAUACGAUUAACGUAGAUUUGUUUACACGUACGCAUGAGAGAGAAAGGGAGAGAGUGGAAAAGGAAGAAAGAAAGAAAGAGAGAAAGAGGGUGAACGAGAAUAAAAGAGUAUAAGCGAGGAGAAAAAUGAUGAGAAAGAGGUAGGAGAGAGAAACACGAGUUUUACGGUUCCUUCGACGACAGCUAUUAGGAUCAAGGACGACAAUGGACGACAACUGGUGGACAUGGAGGGAACUACUUUCAUAGGUUUGCGGCGUACUAUCUUUAUUCCCGAAUAUGCGGUCGCAAAGUAACCAAAACCGUUCCUUUUUUUCUUUCUUUCUUUCUUUCGUUCUCUCCUCUCCUCUUCUCUCCUUUCCAUUCGAUUCGUUCUCGAUCGAUCCUUGACUCUAAAAACUCGAAGAUGAACAGAGACGACAGACGAUCAUCGUCUGCCCAUAUAUAACCGUCUCCUCCACGUUUCUCCCCUCUUCUCGCCUAUUUUUCUUCCUCUCCCUUUCUCCUUUUUGUUCUUAUCGCUAGCUUUACUAUCUUACUUAUUUUUCCGUGGCGCCACGCACCAAAAUCAUACCGUAUCUAUCUCCACCUGCGUUUAAUCGAUCGUAUCCCCCGCGUGCUUCAUUUCACUCGUAAUCGCCUCGCAAUUAUCUCGUUCGUUCGAAUGUCGCGAAACGAUACGUUUCCCCCUUCCUCCAAAUAUACGCGGAUAUCAAUGAAUAUAUUUAAUCAGAUCGAUGGAGAUGUAUAAUACGUACGAAUAAAUGAGCAAGAUCGAAUGAAUAUUUCUAUCCACCGCUAUCUUCUCGAUCAUUUCUAUCUCUAUGUCUAGAGAAGGAAAAGGAACAAAAAAAAAAAAAGUAAACAAAACACGCGAUACAAAAUAUCCUUGCGUUUUCAAACGAAACAGUUUUCAUCGACUGGCCGAUCUAAAUUGCCAAAUCUAUCUUUCUUAAUUAUCUUAAUUUCAAAUGAACAUGUACGCGUGCGAAAAUAUUACAUAUUAUCGUUUUUGUCGAAAAAUUCAAAUGAAUAAAAGAAGAAGAGAAAUUACCACAUACAUACAUUUUAUCCAAUCUUAAUAAAUUUAUACGUUCAAUUUUGUACACCCAAAUUACAUAUGAUUUUUUUAUCAAACGCGUACUUUGAACUACGUUAGAUUUUUGGUAAAUUAUUUUUUUAUCGUAAUCACCCCCCCCCCCUUCGUAAAAUCCGCGAGUAAACUCAAAUGUUAGCUGUCAACUCGAACCGUCGUGCAUCGUGACAAUUAAUGUUCCACGAAUAUGACAAAUUUUUUUUUUAACAUUCGCCUAAACACAUAUCACGAUCUCUUAAGAAAAAAAUUGAUGGAUCGAUUUCUCUAUAUCGAGUUGACGCGCGAUGUAUCUAGUUUAUUUUUAUUAUUUUUUUUCUUUUUAUCAAACUAUUAGAAAUUACACAAUUGACUCGUUUAAAAAUUACGAAAUCUAAUCGUUUCCCCCUUCAAACGCCCUUUUUCUUUCCUUUUUACCUUUCUUUCUUCCUCCCUCCCUUUCUCUCUCGCUCCCUCCCUCCUUCCCUCCCACCCUCCCUUUUUCUCUCUCUCUUUUUUCUUUCGUCUCGAGAAUCCGGAAUCGGUGUUGAAAUAUCGUUUCUUAUUCCCCGUUAUCAUUUCUUGGUUUCAUUUCUAUAUAUAUACAUAUAUAUAUAUAUUUUAUAUCUUCUAUAAAAAAAAAAAAUGAAUAUCUUCUGUAGACACACUUUACCGAAACGCAUAACGUUAUUUUUCUCGCGAUCGAUCUUAUUUUUAUCGAUUCGAUCGAUCUGUGAAACCGAGUACGACACGUAUAGAAAUAAAGAGAGAGAGAGAGAGAGAAUAUAUAUACGAGUGAAUGAAUAAAUGUAUGCGUGUAUGUGCGUGUCUGUAUGUGUGUGUGUGUGCCGUGUGGGCGAGUGUGCGCGCGCGCGCACGUGUGUCAUUGGUGUAAAUGAGAACGAAGAGACGAAAUGAAAGAGUACGAGAAGUCGAUAAGUGGUCAACCUACGUUGUUAGCUGAAUAUGAUUUUUAUAGAAAUGUAUUUAUAUAGAUAAAAACUACAUCGUUAUAUUGCAUAAAAAAGGAAAAAAGAAAAAAAAAAAAGAGAAGAGAGAAAUUUGCACGUCUAGUGUAAAAAAUUUUGUUCACUCGUGAUACACGUUUUAACCGAAUGCGCUUUGAAAUCGAUGCGAAUUAUCUUUGUAUCGUUUCUUUCCCCCCUCUCCCUAUCCCUCCCCUCCCCUCCUCCCUCAAUAUAGCGACAGUAAUGUUUUAUUAGAUUAUAAAGAAAAAAAAAUUAUAAAAAUUAAAGUUUCGUAGCAGUCGAGCAUUCGAUACUUUUUUUUCCUUAUUAUUAUUAUUAUUAUUAUUAUUAUUAAUCAUAACAUAGCGAGAAGAAAAGACGUUGGAAUCGAACGACCAGUUGAAAAUAGCAUGUUACGAGCGACAACUCACUUUACGUCUAUAUUUAUUCGAUGCAUAACGCGUUCAUCAAAUGUAGGUAGAUUUUUCAAUACAGCGAUAUAGCGAUAUUACACUUUUUCAUAGACGAAAAAAAGAAAAAAAGAAAAAAA